AUGGGUCCACUGUAUCGGCCUCCCAUUGCUCGCUGUCUCCAUCGCCACCACUCUUGCCAUGUGCCACUUUCAGGUCUCCAUACACACUCCUGCUGGUUUCCAUUUUGUCAUAGGUUGCUGUAUGGCCUCCCAUUGCUGCUGCCUCCACCGCCACACUGUGGCUCCAAACACUGGUUUUGGCCCCCGUGACUGGCCAAAUGAGUGAAGUGUGCGGUGAUUCUAAGAUCGACGGCACUCAUCUGCAUGUCAUACUGACUGACAGUAUUAUUUCUCUUCCCCAGCAGACUCCAAGGGCAUUUAAAUUAAAAGGUACAGUGUUCUGCACUAAUAUUA